AUGGCUGAUCACGUUGAUAAGAAGCCACGAAUUAGCGAGGAUCUGUGCAUUAAUACAAUUCGCAUGCUUUCAGCUGAUCAGCCGACAGCUGGAAAGUCUGGCCACCCUGGUGCUCCAAUGGGUUGUGCCCCCAUGGCUCAUGUGCUUUUCGGCAAGAUCAUGAAAUUUAAUCCAAAGAAUCCCAAGUGGAGCAAUCGUGACCGUUUUGUAUUGUCAAAUGGCCAUGCAUGUGCACUUCAGUACAGCAUGUUACAUCUCACAGGUUACGAUUUGCCUCUUGAUGAGCUUAAGAAGUUUCGUCAGUGGGGCUCAAAAGCCCCGGGCCAUCCUGAGAAUUUUUGCACGUCUGGUGUUGAAGUAUCAACUGGUCCACUUGGUCAAGGAAUAUCAAAUGCUGUGGGUCUUGCCAUGGCAGAGAAACACUUGGCCGCCGAGUUUAAUAAAGAUGGACUCAAUAUUGUCGAUCACUAUACGUACGUGAUCUGUGGUGAUGGAUGUCUGCAAGAAGGAGUUUCAUCAGAAACUUCGUCUUUGGCAGGACAUUUGGGCUUAGGGAAGUUGAUUGUAUUGUAUGAUGAUAACAAGAUUACAAUUGAUGGUCAUACAGACAUCUCGUUCACGGAGGACGUGAUGAAGCGCUAUGAAGCGUAUGGUUGGCAUGUGCAGUACAUUGAGGAUGGAAAUUAUGACCACGCUGCGAUUCAUCAUGCAAUUGAGACGGCAAAAGGAGUGACUGACAAACCUUCGCUUAUUAAGAUUCAUACAACCAUUGGUCUUGGCUCUAAACUUGAAAAUACCCACUCUGUUCAUGGUGCACCUCUUAAACCCGAGGAUUUGUCGGCUGCAAAGGAAAGAUUUGGGUUCAGUGGAUCGGAUUCCUUCUUCGUACCCGAACAGGUUAAGAAAUAUUAUGACAAGACUGUCGUGGGAGCCCAGCACGAGCAGAAAUGGAAUGAUCUUAUUGCCACGUAUGCCAACAAGUAUCCGAAGGAUGCAGCUGAAUUUACACGUCGUAUGGAAGGAAAGUUGCCAGCCGACUGGAAAUCGAAAAUGCCCAAGUACACACCCGAAGACGCUACGAAAGCUACUCGCCAAUACUCGGAGAUUGCACUGAACGCGAUCGCUACAGCUCUUCCUGAGAUUGUUGGCGGUUCGGCUGAUCUCACUCCGUCAAAUCUGACUCAUCUGUCCAUGUCGGGUGACUUUCAAAAAAACACGCCGAUUGGCCGUUAUAUUCGUUAUGGUGUGCGUGAACAUGGCAUGGCUGCUAUCUCGAACGGGCUGUUUGCCCACGGUGGUGUACGUCCGUUCUGUGCGACGUUUUACAACUUUAUUGGAUACGCUUUGGGUGCUGUGCGUUUGAGUGCGUUGUCACGCUUUGGGGUGAUUUACAUUGCAACGCACGAUUCCAUCUUUUUGGGUGAAGAUGGUCCGACCCAUCAACCGAUUGAAAUGAGUGCUUCAUUGCGUGCUAUGCCAAAUAUGUACGUCUACCGUCCUGCGGAUGGUAAUGAGACAAUGGGUGCAUACAUUGCGGCUGUGGAAAACCAGCACAAGACGUCAGUGCUCGCAUUGAGUCGUCAAGGUUUGCCGAAUCUGGCCAACUCAACUGCUGAAGCUGUUGUUCAAGGAGGUUACAUUAUCGCUAAUGUUGCACACGGUAAGGAAGUAGCAGAGUUGGAAGGCGAACCAGAUUUGAUUUUAGUUGCUACUGGCUCCGAAGUUUCGCUCUCGAUCGAUGCUGCCAAGUUGCUUGAUGGAUAUAAGACACGCAUUGUGUCGAUGCCAUGUCGUGAUUUGUUUGAUGAACAAUCAAUUGAGUACAAAAAAGAAAUUCUUGGUGAAGGUAUUCCCGUCAUGAGUGUCGAAGCCGCUGCUACUUUUGGUUGGGCAACGUAUUCGCACUCGCAUUUUGGCCUCGACCGCUUUGGAGCAUCGGCUACAAUUGCACAGCUCCAAGAUCAUUUUGGUUUUAACCCGAACACUGUAGCUGAUGAAGCCCGCAAGCUGGUCAAGUUUUACGGUGGCCGCUCGGCACCAAAUCUCUUUGAUCACCCUGCUCAACGUGUGCUUAAGGCUCUGGACCACUAA